UUUUGUCAUCAAUAUCUGUCAUGCCCAUGUGUCUAUAUAAGUAAACAUUUUACAUUCAAGGGGUGUGUGUAAGUUUAUCCGGCAUUUAUUAAAAACGCUUAAGAUGAUGUACAAGAAACAGAUCGUGCAAGUGUGUCUCGUUAUACUUUUAUUUGGACAUUUUGUUGAAAGUGGUAACGUUGGCAAGCUAAAGGUUUUGACGUUCAACGCAGGGUUGUUAGAUGCUUCUUUAGCAGAAGAUAACCCAAAUAUUACAAACAACCGAGAAGAAAGACGCGAUGCCCUCAUCGAUUAUCUAAAGAAAUCAGACGCUGAACUUGUCUGCCUGCAAGAGGUUCCUUUUGGACAGGACGUUGAGAAAAUUGUGAAAGAGGUUAGCAAGAAAUUUCCGUACUCAUUCAGUCAACUGCACCAAAGUAAUGGAGCUCUUCCUCCACAAUCAACUACAAAAUGGGAUCCUUCAUGUAAUCCUGGUAUCCUUAAUGCGGUAUUUACUUGUGCUUUAAAUAACGGAUGUGCCACUGGUAGUGAGACAGUCCGACCUGGUGCAGAAAUUUUUCAAUGCAUCGUGUCCAACUGCUUAGCUGAAAUUAGUGCACUUGUUGCUACAAGCGGGGAGCCGUGUCUUUCAUGCAUAACAACAAAUUCACCGCAAAAUUAUUUUACAAGGUGUGCUGGUGCUCCAUCUACGGAUUUGUGGAAUAUGAACAAGAUGGGACUCUUAUUGUUGUCAAAGAAAGCACUGUCUGAAACUCAUGAUGUGGAGUUUUUUCCAAAUUAUACUAAUAUCUUUCCUCAAGGAUAUCUCCGUGCUAAGGUGAAUGGAAAUAACUUGACUGUGGCUUGCGUUCAUGCGAUACAGUACCUUCCAUACACAUUGGAAUUUCCUCCUUUGGGUACUGAUUACCCAUCCUACGCCGCGCAAAAUGCUCAUGAAUUGCAAGAACUUGUGAAUAGUUUCAAGGAUGUUAAGCCUUCAGCUCUUCUUGGCGAUUUUAAUGUUGGACCAGCAGCUCUGUCAGUUAACGAACUCGGGCAAGAUAAUUACGAGAUUUUGACUUCCCAUUUCACUACAAAACUCGUCAAAGACAGCACCUUCUCUACAAGCAACCCCUACAAUGGUGGAGAGUUUGCUCAAAAUGUCAUAAUUGACCAUGUAUUUGUAAAUGGAGAUGUAGAUGUUCUUAACGCCAAGGUGGUACUGAAACGAAACAAGGUAUCCCAGGGCUUGCCGGUCAGUGAUCAUUAUGGAGUUAAAGCUAUGCUCAAGAUCAAAAAAUGUAAUGGAAAAUAAAACUGAAUGUUUUUGCAAACGGAAGACCGAGUAGCUUGGAUAAGAAAACAAACCUUUGUGAAUUCAGUACUGAAAAUGUUUCAGUGUGCGGAGAAUUCUUAUGUUAAAAAGUCAACCCUCUAAGAGUUGUUUGGUAUAGAACGUUUAAAUUUGAAUUUGUUUUUCCCAUUUGGAACAAUGCCAUGUUCUUUCAGCUCUGAAGACAUAGCAUCGGUUUUGAGUUGUGUUUAUACCGGUUAUUGCCUCUUUUUGUUGUAUAUAACGAUACAGGUUUUUGUUACCCUGUCUAAGGUUUUAUCCUUCCUAAAGUUGCUUUUUAUUCACUGUUUUUAAGUAACUUUUGAUACUAGUUUAGAUGACUUUUGCCGGCAAAAGUGUGUGUUUGGCUGUCACUCAGUUAUUUCAAUUACAUUUGUAAACGUUUCAAUUGAACUUAGAUGAGUUAUAAUUGAAAUACUAUUUUCAUCAGCAAUCCGUAAGUCUAGGUGGACUGCAUUUUUUACAUUUUCAAAAAAACAUCAUCAAGUCUUGAAUAAUAGUGUUAUGUAUGAUAUACACAUGUGUCUUGUAAUGAUUUUAUAUCACGGGUGGUAAACGCGCAACCUAAUUCCCGCUGGGAAUACGCUUAAAAUGGGUUGCGCGACUUCCGGUGCUGGUGUUACGCGUAAAAAUAGACGAAAUUGAGGUAUGUGAAGUCAUGAUUUUGCUUCGUAUGAGACAAGAAUAUUUUUUCUCGAAAAAAGGAAACUGCUAUUCGACACAAAUAUGAUGAUACAUCGUAUAUAUAAAAUAUUUGGUUUGUAAUUUAUGAUUCUGCUCUAUUAUCACAAAAACUCGGGCGACACGAAGUCUGAAAAAGUAUGAAAUCAACAAAAAUGGAAGUUUCUGACCUCAUAUACCCCUAAUCUGAGGACAUCUGAUGCUUUUUAUGAUAACUCAACUAUUAUGAAGUAACGGAUAUCAAAAUCAUUUGCUUCAAUUCCUGCUUACAGGGACAAAAUUGACAAGAAAUCAACGGGAAUGGCGUUGCGCACCGGGAAUGGAGUUGCUCGUAUACAUCAUAAUGUAUAUAAUGUAUACGCGCAACUCCAUUCCCUGGGCGCAACCCCAUUCCCUAUUGUUUUUUUUUGCCAAUCUUUUCCCCAAACGCAACAUUUCGUUCAAGUCUAUGUAAUAUUCAUGACUGUUAUACACGUAUUUGAUCAUUAGAAGCGUCAUAUUUCCAGAAAGAAGGCACAAGAGUUAGAAAAUUUGCAUUUUUCAUGAUUCCAAACUUUUUUGAAAGACCGAGCCAGCAGAGAUUUCAUGAUAUCAGGGCUGAUUCUUAAAUUAAUAAUUUGGUAUUUCAAACAUAUGAUCUUUAUUCACUUUUGUGUCGAAUAGCAUUUUGCUUUUUUCGAAAACACUCAUCAAGUGUCAUUAUUUACAAAAACAAGAACCCACCUACCUCGCUUUUGUAUAUACUGGUGCGCAACACCAGCACCGGAAGUCGCGCAACCCAUUUUAAGCGUAUUCCUAUUUACCACCCGUGAUAUGUUUAAAAAAUAUUUUACAUUUAAUAUUGACACAACCUACCUGUAUCCCGAAAUGUCCAUGACUAAUUCAUUUCUUUUUGUUUAUACAUGUUAAAAGCCUCCAUAUAAAAAUGUAAUAUUAAAUAUCUAUAAGUA